AUGAUCUUCCCUACCACUCUCAGUAUUGUCUUGGCUCUUGCCCCUGUUACUCUCUUCGCUGCUCCUACACAGACUGUCGACUCGAUAGCGGCACUCAUCCCGAGACAGGAUCUGACGGAGCUGCCUGCGGUUGUGUACGAGGAGUUGAGGAAGACUGACUCGCUAUGUGAUUUGUCGAAUGUUGCUCUUCCCGCUGCACCCACACCCCUCGGUGCCCCAGCACAAGGCACUAUUCUCCGCCAUAUCGCUAUUGGUCGCGGCACCCAAAACUACACCUGCGCUUCAUCUUCUUCUUCCGAUGUACCCAAAGCUGUGGGCGCGGUAGCUACGCUCUUCAACGCAACCUGCGAUGCCGCCCGUCUCAACGUGAAUACUCUCGCCGAAGUAACCACUCUCGCACUGAACUACGCCAUCCCCAAUUCCGCCGAAGCAGACCAGCGACUAUCAGGUCACCACCAGUUCACCGCCGCCGGUGUCCCUCUCUUCAUGCUUGAGACCGACAGAGUCAACUACGGCCGUAUCGAGUGCACAGUCAAUAGCAAGAGCGCCGCACCCCAGGCCGCCACCAAGGGCACCAACGGGCUGGGUAGCGUCCCAUGGUUGAAGUUGAACGCCACUGCCACCAGCGAAGGCGCUGAGCCCUGGGCUUACAACGAAGUCUACCGGAUACACACCGCUGGAGGCGUGGCACCCAAGGACUGCAGUGGCAUCGAGGGUAGCUUUACCGUCGAAUAUAGUGCGCAGUACUGGUUCUACGGAUAA